CUUUUGUCUUUCGGUUUUGUUCACUAUUGAGAGGAACUCAUAAAUGGAUUACAAGAUGCAUUCCAAAUCUAAUGAUUUGUUGGAUUUUCAGACACUGGAUGCUCUUUUGGAGAAAAUUGCACAUUACUCGGUCCCAGUUAAAAGAGAUCCCAGUGAGGAGUGCAAUGGAAUCAGCGGUGCUCUCUCAGUGGAGCCCGCGCCAGGCUCGAGACUGAACGAGUGGUAUCCUGCCGCCCCUACUUCCGCCCCUGUGCCCGCGCUCCAACCCGCCAGCAUGGGGGACGGCCUGGACGCAGCGCAGAUGUCGGGCAGCAGCAGCAGUCAGGGGCAACCCUCGUCCCAGCCCCCUCACCCCUUCAACCCCCCUCCCCCAGAGACGUCCAAUCCCUCCCGACCAAAGCGCCAGACGAAUCAGCUGCAGUACCUGCUGAAGGUUGUGCUCAAGGCGCUCUGGAAGCACAACUUCUCCUGGCCUUUCCACGCUCCUGUCGACGCGGUGAAGCUCAAGCUGCCCGACUAUUACAAGAUUAUUAAAAACCCUAUGGACAUGGGAACAAUCAAGAAGCGACUAGAGAACAGUUACUACUAUAAUGCCCAAGAAUGUAUACAAGACUUCAAUACCAUGUUUACCAACUGCUACAUCUACAAUAAGCCUGGGGAUGACAUAGUCUUAAUGGCAGAGGCCCUGGAGAAAAUGUUCCUCCAGAAGAUUUCGGAAAUGCCCCAAGAGGAGACGGAAAUCACGGUCAUGGCGGGCAAGGGCCGAGGCAGAGGCCGGAGAGACCCAGGCCUGAGCUUGAAGCCGGGGUCUGCCUUGGAUUCUCCGUCCACGACCCCCCAGACGCGUGGCCUGUCCAGCCUCCCCCCAGGCCCGCAAACUAGAGGACCACCGCAGGGCCCGCCUUCUUUACCACCUCAGCCCAACAUUCAAAGCCUGCCCUCGCGGGUACCCCCUACGCUACCUACUCAUGCACCACAGCUCGGGGCGCCUUACUCCUUGGGCCCAAGUGACUGCAACCCCCAAGGCCCAAUCAUGACCUCUGUGCCUCCUCCCAGUCAGACUGCCCUGCCUCCCACGCCCCUGCAACAGAGCACUGCUAACAUUCUCCAGAGUCCCAUCCCUAUGCCUAAACAGAGAAAGAGCCAGAAGAGGAAAGCAGACACCACAACCCCCACAGCGAAUGACCAGCUGAGCGAGUCCUCUCCCGCAGAGUCCAAAUCGGGCAAAUCUCUGCCAAGGCGCGAGACUGUCCGACCAACCAAACUACCUAGAAAAGAAGCUCCUGAUUCCCAGCAUCACUUGGGCCUGGGACUUGGUGGAGGGAUCCCUGGUGGAGCCCACAGCCCCAAACAGCAGGAGCAGUUGCGUUACUGUGCUGGCAUCGUGAAGGAGAUGUUUGCUAAGAAGCACGCAGCAUACGCGUGGCCUUUCUACAAGCCAGUGGAUGUGGAGGCUCUUGGACUGCACGACUACCAUGACAUCAUCAAACAUCCUAUGGACCUCAGCACCAUUAAGGCCAAGUUGGAAAACAGACAGUAUAGAGACGCCCAGGAGUUUGCUGCAGAUGUGAGGUUAAUGUUCUCCAACUGUUACAAGUACAACCCCCCUGACCAUGAGGUCGUGGCCAUGGCCCGGAAACUGCAGGACGUAUUUGAGAUGCGUUUUGCUAAAAUGCCUGACGAACCCGAGGAGGUUUUGACUCCAGCCCCUGCUCCCGUGCUCUCUAACCCGGUAAAGACGCAGCCACCCAUGGCUCCUCCAUCGUCCUCUGACAGUUCCAGUGACUCCUCCUCGGAGUCAGACUCCUCCUCGAGCGACUCUGAGGAGGAACGGGCUCAGAGGCUGGCCGAGCUCCAGGAACAGCUCAAAGCGGUCCACGAGCAGCUGGCUGCCUUGUCCCAGCCCCAGGCCAGCAAACCAAAGAGGAAGGAGAAGGAGAAAAAGGAGAAAAAGAAGGACAAGCACAAAAAGAAAGCAGGAGCCAUGCCUGCGCUGGAUGAGAUCCCAGAACCUCCUCCUGCCCUCCAGGCCCCCAAAAAGAGCAAAAACAACAAGGAACCUCUGCCUAAGAAGACGAAGAAGCCCAGUAAGAAAGAAGGGUUGAAGAACAACCGAUCGAUGGUACCCCCAGGUACUGCACCACCCAACCUGCAGCCCGUUGUUGGUCUGGACUCAGAGGAGGACAUGGGCCUAGCUGGGGGACCGGCAGCAGGAGGGAUGUCCGCAGGGGAUAAGUGUAAGCCCAUGUCGUACGAGGAAAAGAGACAGUUGAGUUUGGACAUCAACAAAUUGCCCGGAGACAAGCUGGGUCGCGUGGUGCACAUCAUCCAGUCCCGCGAACCCUCACUUAAGAACUCUAACCCGGACGAGAUUGAGAUAGACUUCGAGACGCUGAAGCCCUCCACGCUACGCGAGCUUGAGAGAUAUGUUUCAUCUUGUCUUCGCAAAAAGAAGAAGCCCCCAGUGGCAGAGAAGAGCAUGGAGGGUAUGAGCGCGGCGAAGGCGAAGACUGGCUCUUCCUCAGACUCAGGCAGCAGCAGUGAGUCUAGUUCUUCUGACAGCGAGGAUUCAGAGACAGGUAUGACUUCAAAGCAGAAGAAGAAGGGUCAUCCAGCCAAGGAAGGAAAGAAGGUCCAUCACCAAGCCAUGGCUCCAGGAAUGCAUCAGCCCCAAGUCCCUGCCCAGCCCCAGCCCCCCGUGCUGCAGCCCACUGUCCAGCUCAAACAGCAGCAGCAGCAGCCGCAGCACCCCUCACCCGCAGCCUAUAUGCCGCCCCCGGUCACAGCGCUUGAGUCCUCCCAGGUACUGGAGAACACGUUUGAUCCCUUAACUCACUUCGGACAGCCCCUCAUGCAUCUUUCCCAUCAUACCAAUGAAUCGUCCUCACCCGCUCCACCCCACCUCAACGCUCACCCGCAGGGUGGCCCGGUGUCACCUGAGACGCACCCUUUCCUCAACCAGCACCCCAUACUCCCGUCGCCAGCCCUGCACAACGCUAUGCCUCAGCAGCCUUCUCGGCCCAGUAACAGGGCUGCCCCGCUACCUCCUAAACCCCCCCAGCCCACGACGACGCCCCAGCAGCAGCAGCAGCAGCAGCAGCAACAGCAACCACAGCCCCAGCCAACCUUACAACAGCAGCUCCAGACCCAGCCGCCUCCUCAACCCCAGCAUCACCUCCCCCCGCACCUCCUGCACCCCCCUCAGCCUUUACGGCAGCGCCCCCUGUCCCCACCCACGCUCACCGCGCAGGGCCUGAUCUCUUCCCAGCCCCCACAGAUGCUGCUUGAAGACGACGAAGAACCGGUGCCCCCUUUGCCUCUAAACCAGGUCCAGCUCUACCUGCAGCAGCUGCAACGGCAGCCGCAGCCGCCGCCUCAGCAGCCGCCGCAGCCGCAGGCCUCGCUCCUGCAGUCUCUGCAGGGUCGGCAGCAGCAGCAGCAGCAGCAACAGCAGCAGCAGCAAGGGCAGGCCCCGCUCCUGCAGUCCGUGCAAGUACAGUCCCAACUGGGCCCCCAGACCUCACUGCCCCCACCCCAACUACCGGUCCAGACUCAACCCGCCACCUCGCACCAACCCUCUCCCCAGCACCCCCAACACCCGGCCAGACACUUACAACACACCCAGCAGCAACAGCAACCGCAGCAGCAGCCUCAGCCACCGCAGUUACCCUACUCCCAGGGCCCCGUGCAGACCACGCAGACACAACCCGCGCAGCACAAAGUGUCCAUGCCCCAGACGAAAGCACAGCAGAUCAUCCAGCAACAGGCGCCGCAGCAGCAUCCUUCUCCACGGCAGCAUAAGUCAGACCCUUACAACACGGGCCACCUAGGGAGGGAGAACCCCUCCCCCCUCAUGAUGCAUUCCCCUCAAAUCUCCCAAUACUCUUCUUUAGUUCAUCAGUCUCCUCCUCACAACCUGCAGCCCAAAAAAGAGCCGAGGCCGCCCUCAGCUCUGAGUGCUGUGAAAGAAGAGAAACUGCCUCCCUCACCUGUAAUGCGGAGCGAACCCUUCAGUCCAGCCAUGCGACAGGAGCCUCACAAACACCCUGACACCAAACCCUCAAUGCCAGGCCACAGUCAACAGAGAGCAGAUAUGAAGCCUUUAGAUAGUUCACGCCCUGUUAUUCGCUCGUCAGAGCAGAGCGCCCCGCCCUCCUCCAUUCAGGACAAGGACAAAUUCAAACAGGAGCCCAAGACGCCUGUCGCCCCCAAAAAGGUACAGGAUGUGAAACUGAAAAACAUGGGGUCUUGGGCCAGCUUGGCACAGAAAUCCACUUCCACACCUUCGUCUGCCGUCAAGUCAUCCAGCGACAGUUUUGAGCAGUUCCGCCGUGUGGCCCGGGAAAAGGAGGAGAGAGAGAAAGCUCUGAAAGCCCAGGCAGAGCAGGCCGAGAAGGAGCGACUGCGCAGGGAGCAGGAGAAACUACGAGGACGCGAUGAGGAGGAUUCGAUGGAGCCCACGCGGAGGCCUCACGAGGAGUCCCGCAGACGGCCCGAACCGCAGCAGGUCCAGCCCCCUCAACAACAGCACCAGACCCAGGUCCAGCCGCAGAACCCCACCCAGUCACCCGCCGCCUCCCAGCCCUCGCAGGCACCCGCCUCCCAACCCCCCUCCACCCAGAACGCACUCGACCAGCAGAGAGAGCUCGCACGUCGCCGGGAACAGGAGCGGAGGAGGAGAGAGGCGAUGGCAGCUACCAUUGAUAUGAAUUUCCAAAGUGAUCUGAUGGCGAUCUUUGAGGAGAACUUGUUUUGAAAGCUGAGCGAUAUACUGAUGUAACAGCAAAGCAAAGAGAAACUGCAAAACAAACCAUGAUUUUUUUCCUCUGUGGAGGGAAAACGGAUUGAUAAAGCAGUAAGGGAAUUAGAAAAAAAAAGAAGAAAAAAAACAAACACACACCCAGACUGAGCGUGAGAAACACUGAAGAGGAGGAGGGAAAAGCCACAGUUGGCUAAGGCUCAGAGGAGAGGCUGUCGCUCUCCUUAGGACUCUGCACAAAGAUGGACCCCUAGAGCUGGGAACACCAUUGCCCUCCUGUUUUGUCGUUUCUUUUGGGGGAUUUGACAUUUGCUGUGGUGGCAACAACAAAAAAAAAAGAGAGGACUUUCCAUAUGCCACUAGUUUGUGAAAUGGAGCAAUGGCUGGACAAUGCCAUGGAGGCGAGAAUAUCUAAAAAGAAAAAAGAAAAAAAAAAAAAACAGUUCCGUAUACUGAUUAUCUGUAGAAUGGCAUUCAUCAACUGCCAGAUGUCUGAGGUGGAUAACAAGACAACAGUCUCUUUCUCUCGUGUUUUUUGUUUGUUUUUUUUUUCUUCUGUUUUGUCCUCUCUUUUGGUUUUGUUCUUUUUUUUCCAAGAAAAUACAUGCAAGCAAAUGGUGGGAUUUUAGGAGCACCUAACUUGAUAUCUUGAGAUGCGUCGUGUCUCAGUUGUGGAGGUGUGAUGACCCAGCCUCUCUUACACUUCUGACCCACACACACACACACACACACACACAAACAUUACGUGAAACAGUACUCGUUCACCUAGUGCUAUGAUCAAGACAUAGACGACAAAACACCUUACGGAAGUGUUAUAAUGUGCAGAUUUUUCAUUAUGUAGGAUCUACUGUAAAAAAGGUAUUUUCUUAUACACUUAUUGUUUUUGGGUGUUUUUUGUUUUUGUUUAUUUGUUUUGUUUUGUUUUUUUAAUAUUUUUAACCCUCUUACCAACACCCUUUCCCUGCCAAUGUCUAUGCCAAACAACCAUUUCCUUUUAUGCUGAAGUCCUAGAACUAAAAU